AGGUYUGYCUUCACCCYCAUGUCUCCCUUCCACGAGUGCUGCCUGCCCUCGGGGUUGGCGUGCCCCGAAACCUUCACCGUGACCCGAAACUGCACCUGCGUSGUCCGCUGUCCCGACACCGUGGUCGACAUCGUGGAACCCAACCGUCCACCCUACACCAUGAUUUACCCCGGACCCAUCCUCACCACCUUCCCCCAGCAAACCCUGGUGGCGUCCACUGCGCUGCUGGACAUCCCCAAUUUCUUGGGUUCUCACGGGUUUUGGGGCCAACCUAAACCUUGCCUGGAAAUCUGUGGAUAGAACUGAAAAAGGCACGGCCGAGCAGUCAGACAGAGCCCGACUAAGUUUACGGAUAAUGGAUUGUAGAAGUGCCGAGCUCCCAGGGUUCCAAUGGAGUCCCUAAAAUCCGUGGCUUCCCGGCACCUGAGGACUAGCAAUUCCCAAACUCCAAGAAAACCGAAAUUUCCCUAUUGACCUCAUUCCAAAUUAGGAUGAACUAAUUUCCUGAGAAACGAGAUUUUCGAAAAUAUUGACCUCAAAUUUCUC